AUGUCCUCCAACGACACGCUGAUACCCUCCGCAACGUCUGCUGAUUCAAAGGAAAGCAAUCUGAACAUCCAACAGACAGUCAAUUCUCAAGCCCUCGGUAAUUCGAUGGAGGAAUACCUUCGACAUAUUGGAUCUCAUCUCUCAUCCGAGGAACUAGGCUCUAUUAUUCUACGGAUCGAAGUUGGCAGUAGCAAGCAGCCUGGUGGCACCGUAACCUUUCAAGUACACCGAACGCUUCUAUGCACAAAGAUUCCAAUGUUUCAACGGGUCUUCAAUGAGGACUUUAAAGAAGCUGUGGAUCAAGCUACCAAAAUUGCGGACGCUGUCCUGGCAGACGAUGAUCCUAGGGCUUUCAAGUUACUGGUCGGUUGGAUGUACAGCAAUAGGAUCGAGGGCGAUCUUGAAAAGGGUACUGAUACUGUCGACACGAUUUCAUCCAAGGGGUCGCUUAAAGGACUACUCAAAUCGAUCAAACUCCCCAUCUUCAUCAAACUAUGUAUCCUAGCCGAAAACUACGAAAUGCCCCAUCUUCAGGAUGAAUCCAUCGAUUUCCUCGUCCAGUAUAUGAUUGAUACUAGAACAAGUCCCAAUCCUUCGUGCUGGCUCGAAGUAUACAAGAACACAAGUCGCACAUCCAAGUUAAGGGUUUUGUUCGCACGAAUUGCCGUUUGGCAGUUGUCGCAAGAGGGUGGACCGAAUGGGGCGGAGGCUAUGGAUAUGUUGGUACUAUCUCGCAGCCGGGAUUUACGUCGCGAUAUAUCAAUUCUUAUGGAGGGUAAUUUGGGAGGUACUCUGGCAGAUCCGUUGCUGGCGCCGGCGUGCGAUUACCAUAGUCAUGGAACUGUUGAUGAAUGUCCUUGUUCGAAAGGCUAG